AAAAAAAAAAGGUCAUCGAAGAAAGUUAAUAAAAACGAUCUGAAAAAGUGCAGCGUUGAGAAAUGCACAAACGCCCACAGUUUAAGGUCUUUUAAGCGCCCACUGCUUAAAAGAAACCAACCUAAGAAUCUCAUCUUAUAAGAAACAGAGACCUCCUCUGAUUCUAAUAAUUCUCAACCUUCCACUAAGCCCACAUAAGGUCGUCCAUUCUUUUCCAAAGGCAAUGGAUUCAGUGUUUGCCGCCAUUGCUCAAGCUCCUGAAGAUCCCAUUCUUGGGGUGACUGUUGCUUAUAACAAGGAUCCAAGCCCGAUCAAGUUGAAUUUAGGCGUUGGGGCUUACAGAACUGAGGAAGGAAAACCUUUAGUUCUCAAUGUAGUUCGAAAAGCGGAACAAUUUCUUGUUAAUGACCAGUCAAGAGUCAAGGAAUAUCUUCCUAUUCUUGGUCUAGCAGAGUUCAAUAAAUUGAGUGCUAAACUCAUUCUUGGUGAUGGCUGUGCUGCUAUUGAAGAGAACAGAGUGGCUACUGCUCAGUGCUUGUCCGGUACCGGUUCCUUGAGGGUUGGAGCUGAGUUUUUAGCAAAGCAUUACCACCAACAUACUAUAUACAUUCCACUGCCAUCAUGGGGAAACCAUUUGAAAGUUUUCACGAUGGCAGGGUUGUCUGUGAAGACUUAUCGCUACUAUGAUCCAACAACUCGUGGGCUUAAUUUCCAAGGCUUGCUAGAAGAUCUUGGUGCAGCACCAGCAGGAGCUAUGGUGCUUCUUCAUGCGUGUGCUCAUAACCCAACUGGUGUUGACCCAACUCUUGAGCAAUGGGAACAGAUCCGGCAGCUGAUAAGAUCUAAAGGGUUAUUGCCUUUCUUUGACAGUGCUUACCAGGGAUUCGCAAGCGGUAGCUUAGAUGCUGAUGCACAGCCUGUUCGCAUGUUUGUUGCAGAUGGUGGUGAAUGCCUUGUAGCUCAGAGUUAUGCAAAAAACAUGGGACUUUAUGGGGAACGCGUUGGUGCUCUCAGCAUUGUCUGUAAGGCGGCUGAUGUUGCAAGCAGGGUUGAGAGCCAGUUGAAGCUUGUGAUUAGGCCUAUGUAUUCUAAUCCACCUAUUCAUGGUGCAUCAAUUGCAGCCACCAUUCUUAAGAAUAGUGAUAUGUAUGAUGAGUGGAAGAUUGAACUGAAAGCUAUGGCAGACCGAAUUAUUAGCAUGCGCAAACAACUAUUUGAUGCUUUAAGCGCUAGAGGCACUCCUGGUGACUGGAGUCACAUUAUCAAGCAGAUUGGAAUGUUUACUUUCACAGGAUUGAACAGUGAUCAAGUUGCGUUCAUGACCAAAGAGUACCACAUUUACAUGACAUCUGAUGGGAGGAUUAGCAUGGCAGGUCUUAGUUCCAAGACUGUCCCCCAUCUUGCUGAUGCUAUACAUGCUGCAGUCACCCGUGGCUGUUACAAACAGAUUUGAAAUUUAUGUUGCAAGUACUUUUGGUUUUUAGUCAAUCUGUGUGAUGACUUUUCAACAACCUUUUCAAUCAAAUAUGAUUUUCCAUAAUAAACACUUUGGAUUUAAA